AUGCCUCCGAAUGAAACACAGGAGGAAGACUCUAAUGGCGGCGUCAACUAUUAUGUUCUCAUUGAAAGAGAACAUUCGAAAGAUAUUCUUUGGAGACAAAAACUCGGGGAGGCGCUGGCGAAUCAAUUAAGGGAAAAAAAAGGACAACAGAUACGCUCGCGAGUAUUGAAAGAAUUUCCAAGUGGUUAUUCUCUAUAUUGGCACCAUUCGCGUAGAGAUCGAACUGUUGACAUCAGAAAAGAUGCAUAUCUAUAUGGGAAAAUUAACUCUCCGCGUUUUCGCUCACCUAAUGAGUUUGCACCACAUUUGUACUGGCUUGCAACUAACAGAGAGGAACCAUGCAAAUGUAAAUAUUGUGCAAAACUAAAGACUACGCCACAAACUAUUGUCGAUACAAAAAGAUCCAGAACAAAAAUCACAUCGACGGCUGUUGUCAAAAGUAAAAAGCCCAACAUAGUAAAGAAAGAAAAGAUUUCUCGAACAUUUCGAGUCGGCGAAAUCGUAUGGUUCAAUAUAAGCGAAGCGUCAGAUUCUAAUUUCGCGUCAAUUGCUGGUCUUAUUGAUCUCGAUCAUCAUGUGUUACAAUAUUGGCCGUCUAUUGUUCAUCAUUUUCAGCAACAAUCACCACCACCAGGUACAGAAGGUGACAUUACGUAUUACACUGUCCGGCUUCUGGCAUUAUCAACUAGUGAAAUUGUAAUGGAAAAGUCACUGCGUCCUUGGCUUUUCUAUCGAUCAACAAUUCCAACAAAUACGUCAACAGAUAGAUUUUCUGAAGUCAACCAAGCUCAGUUGUUAAAGUAUUACGAAGCCUACAAAAUAGCGAUCACUGCAGCAAAUAGCGUAAUAGAAUCCUAUUGCCCCAGGAACAAUUACGUCUAUGUAGAGUCAGAAGUAAGGUUAAUGGCUGUUGAUGAGCAAGAAAAAGUUCGUAUGAAACAAAUGACCACAUUUCCACAUUAUCGUGAGAUAUUUAUCGGUGCAGAAAAAAUCAGAGAAUGGGAUUUUGUACGAUUACGCCCUGAAAAUCAGUCAUCUUCCUCGGAAGGUUCAUCAUCAUCAACGACAAAUAAUAAAUCUGCAACAGAGAAAAAUGAAUAUUUUCAUGUUUCUACCAUAUAUUACCAUCGCGGAAAAGGAAUUCAAUUCACAGGAGAUCUAUAUGAAAUGGCUCUGCCAGCUAUUACAGAAAACCCUCAAAUCGAAGAACAUUUCAAUUGGAUACCACUUAAUGAAACCAAUGAAGAAUAUACCAUUGAACUAUCAGAUGUUAUGGGUCGCUUCUACAUAGAUUACCCGAAUCUCGAUGAUUCCAUGCCUAUACAAGCAAAUAAUAUGAAAGAUGAAAAGGGGCGCAAUGAACUUUUAGGUGCUGAAGCACCUCCAUUUGCUUCUGAACUAGAAGAAGACGAAAGUUAUAAUAUUAACAGUAAUCUAGAAAAAAAUUAUCAAGAGAUUUCAUCUUCACUCAAAGCACUCACGAGAAAGAGACCCUUGCAAGAGCCUCAAAGCAAUCAACUCCAGAAAAAACAAAAACAUGAUGAUUCCAAAUCGAAAGUCAAAGAAAAUAAUGGUAAAUCUAUUGAGCAUGUAAUUGAAAGUAAUAGUCAUUCGAAUGAAAAUCCUUCAAGGGUUUCAAGUAGACGUCAGGAAAAAAGAAAGGUCGCGAGUAAUAAAGAAGUUGAAAAAUCAAAUUUAGCUGGAACAACGCCUGUUAAUCCGCCAGCCAGCAUUUGUUGGUCUGGUAGGAUUUCGUGGCCAAAGUCUGCAGACCAGCGGUCUCUGCAAGGGGCACCUUCAUUGACUCUACGUAUACCCAAAAAAAUGUCUUGGAACUUUGGCAUUGAGAUUAUGACAUAUUCAAUACCAGUUGUUUCAACACAAAAACGUAAUAUCUAUGAAUCUUUUCCGAGAAAUCUGACCAUUUCAGCCAUAUCUAACGUUGCGCCGUUUCAAGCAUAUGAUCAAUCAAUGGGAGAUUUGGUGUAUUUCUUCCCGGACUCCAAUUAUCCCUUUCUUGAUAAUAAUAACCUUAACUUCAAUGUGUUAGCACAGACCUUGAAAGAUAACAGCAUCUCAGCAGUUGCUUCUUCUGGAAAGCUCACUAUCUUUUUUAAAUCUGAUGAUGGUACCACCAUAAUUGGUCUUUGUUCUCGCGACCGCCAGGAAUCAACAAUUCAAUCUAACAACAGCAAUAAUAGUAAUCGCCCGGUGUCAAAGAACAUACGGUGCUUUAAUAUAAAAACCAAGCAGAAAGUAACAAUUGAGAUAUCCAAUUUGAGAAGUAUCACGGCUCUACUCCGCAAACUAGGCGAAGAAUUCAACAUUCCUCUGCAAGACUUGAAAAGACCCGAAGAUGUUGUGUUGAGAUUUCUUGACAAAGACCAACAAACGUACUACGUCCUUGGAGAACAUGAACACCCCAUCCGCGAGAAGAAUUCUAAAUUUACUGAUUCUUUGGAUUUUGUCAAAGAGCAUGCAGUAAAAUUGAUAGUAGAAUAUGAAAGGCAAGCGUCAAUAUAG